AUGGCGCCCCAGCUCGACGGCUUCUUCAAGCAGGUCGACGACCUGUCCGGCCACUUCAUCGACCGUCUCGGCAAGGCCGUCGCCAUCCCCUCUGUGUCCUCGGACGCCGCCCGUCGCCCGGAUGUCGUCCGCAUGGCCCACUUCCUCGAGACCGAGCUCAAGGCCCUGGGCGCCGAGGUCGAGCUCCGCCCCCUCGGCAAGCAGCCCGACAACCCGAGCCUCGACCUCCCCCCCGUCGUGCUCGCCCGCUAUGGUCGUGAUACCGCCAAGCGCACCAUUCUGGUGUACGGCCACUACGACGUGCAGCCCGCCGAGAAGACGGACGGCUGGAACACGGAGCCCUUUGAGCUGACCGUCGGCGAGGACGGCCGCAUGCUGGGCCGCGGCUCGACGGACGACAAGGGCCCCGUGCUGGGCUGGCUCAACGCCAUCGAGGCGCACCAGAAGGCGGGCGUCGACUUCCCUGUGAACCUGCUGAUGUGCUUUGAGGGCAUGGAGGAGUACGGCUCGGAGGGCCUCGACGAGCUGAUUGAGGCCGAGGCCAAGAACUUCUUCAAGGACGCCGAGGCCGUCUGCAUUUCCGACAACUACUGGCUCGGCACCGAGAAGCCGUGCCUGACGUACGGCCUGCGCGGCUGCAACUACUACGCCAUUGAGGUGUCGGGCCCCGGCCAGGACCUGCACAGCGGCGUGUUCGGCGGCACCGCCCAGGAGCCCAUGACGGACCUGUCGCGCGUGCUGGCGACGCUCGUCGACACGGACGGCAAGAUCCAGAUCCCCGGCAUUGCCGAGCAGGUGGCGCCCGUCACGGCGGACGAGGCGUCGCUGUACGACAACAUCUCCUUCACAAUGGACACGCUGCACGAGUCGCUCGGCAGCACGACGACCAUCUUCGAGGACAAGAAGUCGACGCUCAUGGCGCGCUGGCGCUACCCGUCGCUGUCCAUCCACGGCGUCGAGGGCGCCUUCUCGGCCCCCGGCGCCAAGACGGUCAUCCCCGCCAAGGUCAUUGGCAAGUUCUCCAUCCGCACCGUGCCCAACAUGGAGAUUGACAAGACCAACGCGCUCGUCUUCCAGUACGUCAAGGACCAGUUUGCCAAGCUCGGCAGCAAGAACACGGUCAAGGUCAGCGCCCUGCACACGGGCAACUGGUGGGUCGCGAGCCCCAAGCACUGGAACUUCUCGGCCGCCGCCAAGGCCGUCGAGCGCGUCUGGGGCGUCGCCCCCGACUUUACCCGCGAGGGCGGCAGCAUCCCCGUGACGCUCACGUUCGAGCAGGCCACCGGCAAGAACGUGCUGCUGCUGCCGAUGGGCAGCUCGACCGACGGCGCCCACUCGAUCAACGAGAAGCUGGACAAGCGCAACUACAUUGAGGGCAUCAAGCUGCUGGGCGCCUACCUGCACUACGUGGCCGUCGAGCCGACGCAGUAG